CCCUUUUCCCUUAAAUCCCAUUUCUUCCAUGGCCCUUUGUCUCGCCCUCAAGGAGCCAGUCGCCUAUAUGCGGACUAGUGGUCUAUAUGUAGUUUCUCAAGCGACCAUGUGCUUUUUUGUAAGGUACGGUGUUACUCUCCUGCAGCACAGUUGUACACCGAUGCAGCUCCGUUUCUGUACUACAAUGCAUGGACGAAAAAAAAAAAUCCAACCCAAAAAAUUCUUUUACUUCAAUCCACCUCCCACAAAAGAAAACAUGCAGAGAGGGUCAUGAUAAUUACUGCAUGCAAAACGCC